AUGUCUUUCCAUGGCUUUUCUUUCCAGAAUGGAAUUAUCACCGGCGUUUAUCCUGCUAGCCCAUCUAGCUGGCUUAUUGUAGUUGUGGGUGUGAUGUCAACAAUGUAUGCCAAAAUUGAUCCUUCCUUAGGAAUUAUAGCUAAAAUCAACAGAACACUUGAUACAACUGGCUACAUGUCAAACCAAACACAGAACAUAGUGAGUGGAGUACUUUUUGGCACAGGGCUGUGGGUUGCCCUUAUUGUCACAAUGCGCUACUCUCUGAAAAUGCUGCUUUCCUAUCAUGGUUGGAUGUUCUCUGAACAUGGCAAGCUUACUACAGGCACCAAGUUUUGGAUGGCCCUUGUAAAACUGUUCUCAGGACGUAAACCCAUGUUAUACAGUUUCCAGACAUCUUUACCACGAUUGCCAGUUCCAGCUGUUAAAGACACAGUCAAUAGGUACCUGGAAUCAGUUCGGCCACUAAUGGAUGAUGAAAAGUUCAGAAGAAUGGAGGGUCUGGCCAAAGAUUUUGCAUUUAAUUUGGGACCAAGGCUGCAGUGGUAUUUGAAGCUAAAAUCCUGGUGGGCCACCAAUUAUGUUAGUGACUGGUGGGAAGAAUAUAUCUACCUUAGGGGACGUGGACCAAUUAUGGUUAAUAGUAACUAUUUUGCAAUGGACUUCCUUUCUUUAUGUCCCACAACCCUGCAGGCAGCUAGAGCUGGUAAUGUUAUCCAUGCCAUCCUGCUCUAUCGGAAAAAACUGGACAGACAAGAAAUCAAACCAAUUCUUCUGCUGGGAUCUACUGUUCCACUUUGCUCGGCUCAGUGGGAAAGGAUGUUUAAUACUUCUCGUAUCCCAGGAGAGGAAUCAGAUACUCUCCAGCAUGUGAAAGACAGCAAACACAUUGUUGUGUAUCACAAGGGCCGUUACUUCAAAGUGUGGCUGUACCAUGAUGGCAGACUCUUGAAACCCCGAGAAAUUGAACAGCAGAUGCAGAGAAUUCUUGAGGAUGAUUCAGAGCCUCAGGCUGGUGAAGCAAAACUUGCAGCUCUUACUGCAGGAGAUAGAGUGCCAUGGGCUAAAGCUCGUCAGGCUUAUUUUAGCCGUGGAAAGAACAAACAGUCCUUAGAUGCUAUUGAGAAAGCAGCAUUCUUUGUGACAUUGGAUGAUCUCGAGCAUGGGUACAAGGAAGAAGAUCCAGUGAGGUCACUGGAUGCAUAUGCAAAAUCAUUAAUACAUGGCAGAUGUUAUGACAGGUGGUUUGACAAAACAUUCACUCUCAUAAUAUUCAAAAAUGGCAAAAUGGGUCUGAAUGCAGAGCACUCCUGGGCAGAUGCUCCUAUUGUUGGACACCUGUGGGAGAAUGUGAUGGCAACUGAAUAUCUUGAACUGGGCUAUUCAGAAGAUGGGCAUUGCAAAGGAGAUACCAAUCCAAAUAUUCCUCUUCCCACCAAACUACAGUGGGAAAUUCCAGAAGAAUGUCAAGAAGUGAUUGAGAGGUCUCUGAGCACUGCUGUAGCUCUGGCAGACGAUGUGGACUUCUGUUCAUUUUAUUUUGGUACUUUUGGAAAAGGACUAAUAAAGAAAGCAAAAACCAGCCCUGAUGCCUUUGUGCAACUUGCCCUGCAGCUUGCUCACUAUCGGGACAUGGGAAAAUUUUCUUUAACAUAUGAAGCCUCUAUGACACGCUUAUUCAGAGAAGGCAGGACUGAAACUGUUCGUUCAUGCACUGUCGAAUCAUGUAAAUUUGUUCAAACCAUGGAAGACCCAACUGAAAGUAAUGAAAAUAAGCUGAAACUCUUUCGGCUUGCUGCUGCCAAACAUCAGCACUUAUAUCGUCUUGCCAUGACUGGUAGUGGCAUUGACCGCCAUCUGUUUUGCCUUUAUGUCGUGUCCAAGUACCUUGCUGUAGAUUCUCCUUUCCUUAAGGAAGUUUUGUCAGAACCUUGGAGGCUGUCAACGAGUCAGACACCACAGCAACACAUUGAUCUAAAGAAGAACCCUGAGAUGUUAGCUUCUGGUGGAGGCUUUGGACCGGUGGCUGAUGAUGGUUAUGGUGUUUCUUAUAUUAUCUUGGGUGAAAAUUCCAUCCAUUUCCAUGUCUCCAGCAAAAUAUCUUCUUCUGAGACGGAUUCUCAUCGUUUUGGAAAAAACAUCCAAAAAGCAAUGGUUGACAUCAUGGGUUUGUUUAACCUCAGUAAAAACUGUACAAAGUGAAACGCUUUCUUGGUGCCAAGCAAUCUCCUCUUGUUGGGAUGAAAACUCUUCUGCACAGUGAACUAGAGCAAGGUUUGUCAAACAGUAGCUGGCGAAGAAACUGGUCAACACUUUUUUGAUCACCUGUUAAGACUUUAGCAGUGUAUUAAAUUUUUCUUUUUUUUU